CGGUGUGUUGGACGCGCCGGAUGAAGGAAGAGGUGGGGGGAGCGAAACGGUGGUGGAUGAUGAGAGGGGGGGAAGGGUUGAGGAGAUAUUGUGGUAGAGGUGGUAGGAGUGGAGGAGGUCGACGGGGGGUAUUGCUGGAGGCGGCUGUGGAGGAGGGUGUGGUCUGCGCUGUGGAGGAGGGAGGUGCGGCCGUGGUGACGACCGUGAUGGAGGGGUUGUUCCCUUCGAGCGUGGUGACGCGGUCGGAUAUGGACGACAUGGUGGCCUUUAUGUCAUUGAGAGAGGUGGUGACGGAGGUUUGGAGGGUGUUGAGAGUGUGGAGGAUGGCGGAGAGGUCGGGGGUGGCGGUGCUUGCUGGUGGUUGUUCGCCUACGAGGUUGCGGGCGAUGCUAUCGACCCAGCCGAUGUGGAUGUCAGACAUGUUGAUGGAGGAUGCGGCCAUGUCGGGGGAAGAGGGGGUGGAGGACGCGACCGGAACGGAUGUGGAGGAUGCAGCGGCAGUGGUGGCGGCGGCUGCGGCGCAUUGGGAGUUCUUGGUUUGGCAUGGUGGCAUGUGGAG